GGAGUUCAAGUACAAAAUUGUGUAAAUAAAAAUACGCCGAUAACACGGAUAAAGAUAAAGAUUAUUCUUACUACAUCGGCAGACUUUUUUCAAAUACCAGCCUGUCAAGCCUAUUGCCGGGAGCAUUCAAUGCUAUUAAUGAAAACAAUGUUUCUUUAUCAAUUCACUUUUAUUUCUUAUCAGCCCUAUUAAUUGAUAAAUAAAUUUUAAUUUAUACUACUGUAAACCUGUAAACGACGUGUUAUAUCGGUGUACUGCUGUAAAUACUUUAAACUAACGCAGUGCGGAAUCUUUUAAACUAUAGUAUGUGGCAAAGAAGUAUUUAAUAUUAUAAUUCUUUAAAGUGAUUAAAAUAACAAGAUGAGGAUAAGAAGACUAUCCGCUUUCUUUUGGGCGACGUGUAUCAUUGCGUUUUUGUUUAUAUUAUAUAUAGUAACAGAUCUCAGUUUCAAAUUACCGAGCAUCAAACCAGCAUUGGUGGAACCUGAUGAUAACAAAUGGUCUUCAUUUGAAUCAAAACUACGGAAUAUAGAGAAUGGGCUUAACCUACAUCAUUCUGUUGUGGAAGAAAUCAAAAAAUCCAUGGAUCAGAUUGUAGAACAGUCCCAGGAGGUACAUCCUCCGCUGAGGAGACCUAAGCCAGUUUUUAAAGAGAAACCAAGGGAGUUCAAGGUGGUAGGAGAUGAACCACCGAGAAUGCACAAGAAAAUUAAUAUGUCCUACUGCCCUAUAUUGAAGACAUCCAAAACUGAUGUUCAGAUGCUAUCAAUGUACGACAGGAUAAUGUUUGACGACAUAGAUGGUGGGGUGUGGAAGCAGGGCUGGAAUAUAGAGUACAAAGAGAACCAAUGGAGCAGUAAACACAAGCUCAGGGUGUUUAUUGUGCCGCAUUCUCACAACGAUCCUGGAUGGAUCAAAACAUUCGAGAACUAUUACAAAACGCAAACAAGAGCUAUAUUUACAAACAUGGUGGAAAAACUGAAGGAAGGUGUCGGCAGGAAGUUCAUUUGGGCGGAAACCAGUUAUCUAGCACUCUGGUGGACCUCGGAUGCUACGAGCAAAGAAAAAGAAGCGUUUAAGAGCUUGCUGAACUCGGGGCAAAUAGAAAUUGUAACCGGCGGCUGGGUUAUGAACGACGAAGCCAACAGCCACUGGCUAUCCGUCGCUCAACAAUUGACAACCGGUCACCAAUGGUUGAUUGAGAACCUCGGUUAUACACCCAAGAACGGGUGGGCAAUCGAUCCUUUCGGCCAUUCAAGUGGCCAGCCUUACUUGCUCAAGUUGACUGGCUUGGACAAUUCCGUGAUACAACGGGUGCAUUAUAGAGUGAAGAAGGAACUCGGCUUGCACCGUCAGCUGGAGUUCAAGUGGCGUCAGGUAUGGGACGGCGUCGGCAAAACAGAUAUGUUUACACAUAUGAUGCCUUUCUAUUCAUACGAUGUGCCGCACAGCUGUGGACCAGAUCCGAAGAUCUGCUGCCAAUUUGACUUCAAAAGGUUACCAGGCAAUGGUAUCACGUGUCCAUGGGGUCUCCCUCCAAGAAAGAUAAUAGUGAAGAAUGUCAAUGAAAGGGCCUCGAUGAUAUUAGACCAAUGGCGCAAAAAGGCUCAGCUGUACCGCAGUAACGUCGUGAUGUUCCCACUGGGGGACGACUUCCGGUACGACCGCGCGAACGAGUGGGACAACCAAUACCAGAACUACGAGAUGAUCAUAGACUAUAUCAACAAUAAGGACGAAUGGAAUACUGAGGUCCAAUUCGGCACACUACAAGACUAUUUCAAGGCCGUCCACGAAGAGGUGAAGCUAACCAACUUCCCGGUACUAAGUGGAGAUUUCUUCACGUAUGCGGAUAGAAACCAGCACUAUUGGAGCGGUUACUACACUUCGAGGCCUUUCUAUAAGAACAUGGAUCGAGUACUGUUGGCGUAUGUAAGGGCUGCAGAAAUAAUAACAUCGCAAGCGUGUUCUUCGCACGCUGUCAGCUACAUUACAUCAUUGCAACUACGCGACCGCGUGGAACAAGCGCGGCGGUCGCUAGCACUGUUCCAGCAUCACGACGGAGUCACCGGGACAUCCAGGGAUGAAGUGAGAGAAGAUUACGCUAAAAAAAUGCUUGAUGCAAUCAAGCACAGCCAAGCUGUGAUCCAACAAGCAGCGUACCACCUCCUCAAACAACCCUUCAUACAAGACCGAGUGCAGGACGACGUUUACUUCGACGUGGACGAUAUAUGGCGAAGACACGACGAAAUACCUUCAAGGAUUACUAUCGCUCUGGAUAUGAUGUCGCCGUCCAGACGCCUCUUGCUGUAUAAUGCGUUGCCGUUUAAGAGGACGCAAGUGCUAACCGUGUUUGUUUCUACGCCACACGUAGAGGUUUACGACCCUGAGGGCAACCCUAUAAUGGCACAGAUAUCCCCUGUUGUGACUGGUGAAAAGAGGCUGGGUUUCGCAGCUAACAAGUUCCACCUGUCAUUCCCCGCCACUGUCAACGCACUCGCUGUCACAGUUUACACUGUGUCAUUAAGAGACAACAUGAGCAUUAACAAAUACACAUCGUAUGCGCGCGUGCGUGUAUACAACGCGGACUUUUGGAACGUGGAUCUGCCUAAAAUGUUCGCGGUGGAGCAACCGGCCGCGCGCCUUACGGAUGACGUCACCGUGCAGGCCGGCAAGAGUUGCAGAGUCAUCGCCACUAUGAACGGACUUCUGAAAGCUAUAGUAUCGCCAGAUGGGAAGACAACGCCGGUCCAUAUGGAUUUUGUUCAAUAUGACACUCAAAAAGGUCAAGACAACAAUAGCGGUGCGUAUUUAUUCAUUCCCAACGGGCCAGCCGCUCCCUUCAAGGCAACUGCGUUUCCCGAAAUCGUCAUCACGGAAGGGCCCUUCAAGGCGACACUGUACUCAGGGCUUAUUGGCCCUUCGAAGGCAGAAAUAGUUCUUGCUAUGACGGUAUACUACAACCCGUCGCUGCCCCAAAGUGAGGUGGAAAUCAGCAAUACCUUCCUCAUUGAUCCAUCAGUGGAUGACCUUGAACUCGCCAUGCGAUUCUCGACCGUCAUCAAGAACGGAGAUGUCUUCUACACAGACAUUAAUGGCAUGCAGAUGAUAAAGCGACGCCACUUCGAGAAGAUACCUCUGCAGGCGAACUUCUACCCGCUCCCGGCAGCCGCAUACAUCGAGGAUGAAAACUCGCGACUCACUCUACUCACCUCUACGCCUCUUGGCAUGGCUGCCCUACAAUCUGGACAAAUCGAGAUUAUGCAAGAUCGACGUUUAAGUCGCGACGACAAUCGCGGCCUCAGUCAAGGAGUCCUCGAUAACGUGCGCACGCGCCACACCUUCAAACUUAUAGUGGAACAAGCAAACAAUCCUUGCACGCCGAAAUCCCAAGAACAAGCGAGCGGGCAGCUAACUCUAGGAGCCCACGUGUCGCAACAACUUCUCCUGCAGCCAAUCAUAACGAUGCAUUACACAGCCAAUGAGAACUACCCGCGCCCCGCCUAUUCACGCUCCUUGUUCAGCGCCGCAGAUAUCGUAUUGGCAUCCUACCACUCGCACAUAACUGCUAAGAAUAAAGAUGGUACGAGUUCCCUCGGCAUGGGUAUGACCUUGCAACGCGUACAUCUCGACACCUGCUACGGAAACCGCGCCGUAGCGCAAUCUUACCCUCCGGGAGACGGACAGAUACCUUUAACAGACCUAGUUGACGUACCACCAGAUGGCGUGUUCGACAGUUCACUGACCUUCGUAACUAUCGGCAGCCCUGUACCAGAAGCCCUUGUGACCCUUUGCCCCAUGGAGAUACGCUCCGUAUUCAUAAACCAAACGAUAAAGCGUAACUGAAUUACUUUAUUAUUUACGAAAAAUAAUAUUCAUAAAAAUUUCGGUUAUGUGCAAGUUGCAUUUGCACAAAAAGGGUUCCGUACCCGUUAAAAUGCAAUAUAAUACAUAGCAAAACCCCAAAAAUUUAAUCGUUUCUGUAUGGUGGUAAACACUGUUGUCUGGUGGGAGGCUUUUGCCGUGGCUAGCUACCACCUCAACGACAAAGACGUGCCGCUAAGCGAUUUAGCGUUCCAGUGCGAUGUCGCGUAGAAACCCAUUAGGGGUAUCACAAUCUUACUCUAUAACAGGUUAGCCCGCUACCAUCUUUAUGCAUCCUCACUUACUACCAGGUGAGAUUGCAGUCAAGGGCUAACUUGUAGUGGAAUUAAAACACGUUAUUUGCUAGAGCGCCGAUAGUACAUAAUUUCAAAUCUUUUACCUGUUAGGGUUCCUGAGAUACAGCUCGCAGACACGCGCACGGACAGAUAGUGGCUUAAUAAUACGGUUUCCGUUGUUUUCGGUUAUGAAACCAAUCUAAAAACCUUAAUAGUUUAAUGGCAACCUCACUAAAUAAUUAAGGUUUUUAGUUUUUUAGGGUCCGAAAUAUGGAGGGUAGAGGUAAGGAGGA